CCGCCGCCGUCUCACACCGCGGUCACACACCUCUGAAAUAUCCCAUCUUCACAUAACAACCCCGCUCUCAUUUACACCCAGACCACGACUUCUGCUUUUUUUAUUUUGAAAUGUUUUCCUUUUUUUUCUGUACAUUUCGCCGCUGACAUCUGCGCACCAGUCCACUUCACCCAUCUGUCUGUCAACACAGCACCGGCUUCGACUGUCUUGUCAGUGAAAGGAGAGAAACCCCGUUAAAAACCACUCGGCUAAAUCCAUCUUCCGCGAGGUUCCCGCCGGACACACCUUCUCCUGGACGGCCCUGUCACUGCUGCGAUAAAUAUGGAUGAAGACAAUCACGUUCCUGAGGAUCUGUCCCUGGAGGAGAGGGAUGAGCUGUCAAACAUCCGACGCAGGAAGAGAGAGCUGCUCGAUGAUAUUGAGAGGUUGAAGUUUGAGAUAGCAGAGGUCAUGACGGAGAUCGAGCAGCUGACGUGCGUCGGAGAAAGUAAAACAUCCCAGAGAAACAAACAGAUCGCCAUGGGCAGGAAGAAAUUCAACAUGGAUCCAAAGAAGGGAAUCCAGUUCCUGCUGGAGAACGACCUCCUUCAGCACACUCCCGAAGACAUCGCCCAGUUCCUCUACAAAGGCGAGGGUCUCAACAAGACCGUCAUCGGAGACUACUUAGGCGAGCGGGAUGAUUUCAACAUCAAGGUGCUGCAGGCUUUUGUGGAGCUGCACGAGUUUGCAGACCUCAACCUCGUCCAAGCACUACGGCAGUUCUUGUGGAGUUUCCGUUUGCCAGGUGAAGCCCAGAAGAUCGACCGAAUGAUGGAGGCGUUUGCCUCACGGUACUGCCAGUGCAACCCCGGAGUCUUCCAGUCAACAGAUACCUGCUACGUGCUGUCGUUUGCUAUCAUCAUGCUGAACACCAGCCUACACAACCCAAACGUCAGAGACAAACCCCCCGUGGAGCGCUUUAUCUCCAUGAACAGAGGCAUUAAUGAAGGAGGAGAUCUGCCAGAGGAGCUGCUCAGGAACCUUUACGACAGCAUCAAAAACGAGCCCUUCAAAAUCCCAGAGGAUGAUGGGAAUGAUCUGACGCACACAUUCUUCAACCCGGACAGAGAAGGCUGGCUCUUGAAGCUUGGCGGCCGGGUGAAGACGUGGAAGAGAAGGUGGUUCAUUCUGACCGACAACUGCCUCUACUACUUUGAAUACACAACAGAUAAAGAGCCUCGUGGGAUCAUUCCUCUGGAGAACCUGAGUAUCAGAGAGGUGGACGAGCCCAGAAAACCUAAUUGCUUUGAGCUCUACAACCCCAACCACAAAGGUCAGGUGAUCAAGGCCUGCAAGACGGAGGCGGACGGGCGGGUCGUUGAGGGCAACCACGUGGUGUACAGGAUAUCGGCCCCCACGCCAGAGGAAAAGGAGGAGUGGAUCAAAUCCAUCAAAGCGAGCAUCAGCAGGGAUCCUUUCUACGACAUGCUGGCCACCAGGAAGCGGAGGAUAGCGAAUAAGAAAUGAUGUCCGCCCCAUCUUCAUCACCACUGUUUCUGUGACCAGCAGAGUCCUUGUGUGUGUGUGUGUGUGUGUGUGUUUUUGUGCGUUUUUGUGCGUAUGACGUGUGUUACAGGGCUUAUGAAGGACUCCCGAUUGCUAUUUCAGGGCUGGAGGACAAGCAGCAGACACAGGUGGAGUUUUUCAGACUGAAUGGUUUAUUUCCACCUGAAGACGGUCUGCACCUCAAUCGAAGACUGAUGUGAAUGAAAGGUUUCUAUUUCUUCCGGUGCGGACUUAAACACUGAGGUGACACGGUGUAGAAGGAACUGCAAAAUCUUUACCUAACUGGAUGUUAUUGGACAACAGGAUGAGGACUGGCAGAACAGCCAUGACUGGAAUCAUAGGACAUUUCUACAUAAUGUGGCUGUGGCGAUAUUGCCCUCUGCUGGACCUGUAAGGAAUUACAUCUACUGCACUACAAAGAGAUAGUGAGGAUUUGAAACCUGAACCUCCCUGGUCAUAUGUCAUUCCUUUCAUCCAGAGCGGCUCAUCUGGUUGGUUAUCUGCUCUCUGCCAGCGAGACUCCCAGAUGCCAGUCAACAUUUUAUCUUCACCUCACAUGUCCUUGCCAACACCAACCAUGUUUUAUAAUAUCCUCUAACUACAGAAAGCCUCAAACUUUUAAAUCAGCUGGUCUGAUUGUUAGCCCUCAAGUGACUGUAUCUGUAUAUGCAAACACUGAUUUAUUCAAGAAAAUCAAACUUAGGCUCAUAUUCUUUUUACAUUUACAGUGCACCCCCUUAUUUCCUCUUUGAAAACAAAGAAGUAAACAGUUCGGGGAAUAACACUGAACAUAUAUUCAGUGGAAUGACCCUUGUAAGUGGCCACAGUUUGAAGAAGCUAAAAUGCAUCAUAUAUUAAUUCUGUACGGUUAUGUAUUGAAGAUCCACCUCUGUGAUCAAGUUCAUUUCUUUUGUAUUUAUUUUCUUAUUGUUUAACAAAAGAGGCAGCCCCCGACUUACAUUAUGCAUGUAUAGUAUAUAAUGUACAUACCGUUUUCUUUUUCUUCUUUGUUGUGUUUAUGUAGCAUGUAAAUCAUAAUGGCCAUAGCCUAUACCCGUUCACAUUUUUAGUUCAACAGCUAACAGUUUACAAUAGUGGAAGAGGGACCUUGUGCAGAGCAGUGAAACCUCCUCACUGUGUUAUUACUAAGGAUCAGAUGACACAUGAUGUUAUAUGAAAGAAGAACUCAGUAUGCUGAGAGAGCAUAGGAUGUAAGUGGGUUUUAAAAUACCCUUGAACAAGUGAACUUCAAUCAUGUGAACACUGACUGGAAUCUGAGGACUGUUUUUUUUUUUUUUUUUCCCCCAGACUUGAUCAAACCAACCCACAGGUGGUGCAGCUUUUAGGUUUAAACCUGGUUUGAUGUUGGUUUGGGAAAACUGCUCCUGAAUACUUUGAUGAAGACUUUGAAUAAAAAUACAUGCUGAUCAGAGAACAACUUUUGUGUGAAUUCAGUAAGAGGAGCUCGACUCGCCAAAACUUACCAGGUCUUUGGUUAUUUCAAACAUGGAAACAGUGUUGUGAAUAAAUGAUAGUGAGCUGAGCCGCCUCGCUGACCCUGACCGCUAGAAAAGUGUGUGUAUUUAACAAAACCUGAAUAGAGACGAGUGCCACCAGCUUACACCCUCCCUGACCGUAUCUACAUCAUAAUUUUACUGUAGUGAAAGUUCGUUCAACACAUACAAUCAAUCUAUUCUAUAUAAUAUAAAGGCAGACAGGAGCUUGUUCAAAAGUCCCUGGCAACUCGUCAUUCGUCUCAAUCAGAAUUUUUCAUUCAUUUCAAUGCAACUUGUAAACAACGUCAAAGACCAAGAACAAAUUACAAUUUCUGCCAUUAAUAAAUGUAUUUUAAGGCUUUUACCUUAUACAAUGUAUAAAUUCUGACAUGCUAAACUAAAAGGUAUAACAGCAGUUUUUCAACGUCUGUCUAAAAUUGAAAAAAAAAAAAACAAAACAAAAAAACAAAAGCUAACCAUACUCAUUAUUGUCUUUUGUCCAAAGAAUAUGGUCAAAAUUAACAAGGUUUUUCUAAAAACAGAGCAAAACAACAUAACAUCUACUGAUAAUCCUGAUACAGGAUUUUUAUGUAUAAAAAUAACUGAUAGUACAGUUCAAAAUUAAAUUCACAGUAUUUUUUUUAUGAUGCUAGAAGACACAAACUGUAUUUUUCAUUAAAAAGCAAACACAAAUGGUCCACAGCCAUGAUAACAAAUUUUUGAUGCUUUUCUUUUUGAACAUUUAAAAAGAAAAAUAAUGUGUGAGGAGAGAGAGCGAGCCAGGAUCUAGAGAAAAAUCCGCAUCUUGUGAAAAAGUUUAAAAAUUACAGCGAGUGAAUCUUAGGCUUCAGAGCAAAAUGAAAACAAAACAGGAAAAAAACUGGGAAAUGUCCUCAAGUCUGUCCAGGGUUAGAGUGGAGGUAUCAGUCAGCGAAGCCUUGUUCCCGCCACUGCACUGGUCUGCCUCAUUCAAGAAUAUCUCCCUCCUUCAGUUUGUCUGCUCCCAGUGGGAUCAAAGAAAAAGAAAAAUAGCCAAAAAAAAAAA